AGGCCAUCUGAAAGCAAGGGAUUACAGUAAUCUAACCUUAAUAGAACAAACAUGCAGAUCAAACUCAAAAGCUUGAGCUGAAGAACUGAAGACCGAGGGAGUUUGGGGCAGAAAGUGGUUUUAGUUUAAACAGAAAUUCAUUAAGGCAAACAUAGCAGUAAUUGUUCUCUCAUACAGGGUAUGCCAAAUAGAGCUGAAACCAGCCUGAUAACAAAGCAGGUAGUGUGUUGCUCUUUGAAUGCACAGACAUCAACUGAAGAAAGCCUAAUAAACUCUGCUGUGUGCUAUAGACACUGCAUGGAUCCAAAGAAAUUUUUCUUCAUUGUUGUGUCAGCAGGCUAUAUCUCUCUGCUCUUAGGUUCUGGGGGGUUGGACUAUUGUGCGGGAAGUGGGGCACUCUAGGAACAUGUCAGUGCGGAACUUGGUAAACAUGUGAUGUCUGAGUCUGGAGUGACCUGUUCUCAGUCUCAUGAUAGUCACAUAUUAUUCUCUCUCAUUCAUCAGAUAAUUGACAAACUCUGUUGUCUGGGUAUUCGUAACUGACUUUAUGCACUUCAGAUUUCAAAAAGGGUAUCUGAUUAAUUUCUUUGACGUUUCCAGUUUCUUGGAUAUAGUUAUUUUGCACCUUAGUUUGUUAUGCAUAAAAUUUAGAGGAAGAGGAGUAAAAUUGACAAAAUGCUUUUAUUUCAAUGGGCGCCUGUUUUAUUGUGAAGGAGACUUUUCUUCUAUUGAGGAGACCUGUGGGUCCCUGUUAUUGGAAUCUGAGAAUAAUCUUUGCUGUUGUGGUGGUGUUAUACUUUUUAGUUUGUCACAAAUACUAUUUUGCAGCCUAAAAACUCUUUGCCUUGGUGAAGGAAAACUGGGUUCCUUCUGGCGUUUAUGCAAUCUGCAAGGUGCUCCAAAAAGAGGCUCUUUUUCUACACUGCAACUGGCUCAGCUCACUAAAUGGAGGUGGAAUUCUUUCAGACCUCUUCUUGUUAAGGAGAAUGAAUUGAACUACCAGCCUCCUUCAUUUUCUGCUCUGGAAGUCUUACCACCUCCAAGGGGUAUCAGAAGCUCACAGAGUGAAAAUUGCAUCAAAGCUUUGCCAGAUGAGGCCCACAUCAUGGAAAGUCUGCAGCAAUAUCAAAACUUCAUGAAACAGAAGCGAGUGGAAUCAUGUGUCUUAGAGCAACAACUGGCAAACGAGAAUCGUCUUCAUAGAGAGUUGGCAGCUGCUGCAGCUGCAAACAAACAAAGUCUUGUGGAUGCAAUUUCUCAGGAUCAAGUACGUAUGGACAAAGAGUUGAACCAGUUGUCCCAGAAGAAAGAGGAGGAGCGUAAAAGAUUUUUGAGCGUUCUUAACAACGUUGAAAAGCAGGCAGAAGAUCUACUGUCUGAACUGGCAGAUGUCAGUGAAAAGGCUCGCAAAACAGAGGCACUGCUGGAUGAAAUAGAGAAAAAGCGCAUGCAGGAAGAUGACUGGUUUACAGUCACCUGGGAAGAACUGCACAACCUACGCCGUCGUGAAGUGCUUGAUGGGAUGAAACAGAUUCUGAGUGAGUUUGAAAUAUUUGAGGACCAAAGGCGGCUUAUGGAGAGCGAGAGAGAGAGUCGGGGAGAACGAGCUUUACAAUUGGAGAAAGUUGCAGAAAAUGGGCAGGUAGAAAGCAUGUUAUACCACAGAGAGAUAGGACAGCGGACUGCUAUGCGUACUCUGGAAGAACAGGAUAAAUUGCAGAAGCAAGCAUUCCAAGCACUCCAGAUGGCCAGAGAUGCUAAGCAUUCCCGUAUUAGUAAUCAGAUAGUGCUCAUUGAAGCAGAACUUGCACAGCUUACAGUGGUGGAGAUUGACAGAAAGUCAAUGCGGUUGGAAACUGAAAAAAAUCUUCUGGCAGAGAAGCGUAUUGCCUUGACAGCUAUGUUAUCCCAGCUUCUGAAAGAACAGUUCCUUCGAGAGCAUGAGUUGCAACAACGACUGUCAGAAAUGGAAGAGCAGCGAGAGAAUGGGCAGGCAGACUACUGGCUUGUGCAGUACCAGCGUCUUCUAGAUCGAAAACCACAGUCACUUAUUGACAAGGAGAGCCAUCUUGAGAUAGCAGUGAAAAAACUACUGAUCCUUGCUGGAGCAGAUGACUAUUUGCCAGUGUUUGCACGACACCGCAUCACCAUAGAAACUUUUAUGGAACUAGGAGAUGAAGAUCUGAAAAAGAUGGGAGUGCAUGAAAGAGGAAUACGCAAAGGCAUACUUAAAGGUAUCAAGGAGGAGCUAGCACAUACCUCAAAACCUAAACAAAAAGAAAAGGGCAUUACACUGUUGCCACAUCUUUCAAAACCAAAGAUGAAUGAAACUGUACCUCCACUAGAGCCUCCUUCUGCUUGUGCCUCCAACUCUGCAGAUGUUCCAUACCAGAUGUAUAUCACAGCCCGUGGCUUUAAUUCAGAAUGUGUGAUUUGCUUAGACAUGUUGUCAGAGGUCAUUUUUCUGCCUUGUGGACAUGUGUGUUCCUGUGUUAUCUGUUCUUCACCAUUGACACAAUGCCCAAUGUGUCGCACAAGUGUGGACCAAAAAGUCAAGCUAACUAUUUCUACCCCCUCUGUAUGAGAAAAUAGUGGCUGUUUUUCUGUUUCUGUUUUUAUUAACCACUUGCUUCCUUGUCAGAUUUUGAUACAAUCCUGUAUCACUCUGGCUAAUCAACUCCUUUAGCUCCUAGGAAUGGCCAGUGCAGUUACUCUAGUAUCUCAGACACAACAGACUUGAUUAUAUUCUUUUUAUGACAGAAUUCACAUUAUGGUAUUUUGUGCAUUGCAGAUGCCAUUAAUCUUGAAUUUUUGGUAACUUUACUACAUGGAUAUUAUUUGAUUUUUUUUUUUAAAUUAAUAUUUGUAUAAAGAAGGUCUUGUAUAUAUAUAUGAAAUGUCUGAUAGCAUUUGGAAUAUCCAAGCUGUCAAGAAAGCAUGUAAAAUGUAUUGUUACAUUUGAUUUUGUAACCUUUUCGUUAUUAGGAUGAAUAAUUUUACAGAAAGUUGGUGAUGCUGUAUUUGACGUGGUUUGAGCUUGUUUUGUUGUUUUUAGUAAAAUCCAGAAUAAUUGCCCAAUCUGUUAAUGCUAACCAGAAUGACUUUGGAGCUUUGUUGGUGACUCACUUUUUGAUGCAAACAUUCCUUGAAUCAUCAGUUUCAUUGUACAGCUGACACAAAAGGCACAGAGGGAUGGAAAUAUUACUUUGGUAAUUGGUUCAAUGCUUUUCAGGAAAAAAUGAGCAGUUUACUUCUUUGCUAUUCUUCAUACUCAACAAGAUUAUCUGUCAGUCGAAAUUUUUGCUUGCAUAAUACUUAUUUUGACUAAUUUCAUUUUUCCUGUUCAUUUUAAUAUGGUGGCAGCCGUUUCAACUUAAACUUUAGCAGAUGAUCAGUUUAUGUUCAUUGUAAACUAAGGUCAUAUGUGUACUGCACACUACGGUGUAGUGAUGUCAGCACAUUUGAGGUUUUGUGCAAUUUAUUAUCCUGAUUUCAAAUACAAAAAAGAUUUUGCUCUACAGAGCACCUCUUUAUUACCAGAAGAAAUGUCCUUUAGUCAGAAUUUUGAAUGGCUAUGUUUAAUUGAAAUGUUUUAUACGUAAAAUUGCUAUUUUCUGUAUGACCUAUAGUUUUUUUUUAUUUCCUUAAUGGAUACUUCUUUGUUGUAGAUAUUUAUUGAUGAUAUGAUAUUAUUACGAUUCAGCUCAGCGCAUUAGCUACAAAAUUAAUAAUAAGGGACAUCACACAUAGCAACAACCAGCAAGUGACUUCAGCUGUCAGUCUGAAGGCGUUGCUAUGUAAACAAGAUUAGAAAUCAUUGUCAUUGCUACCUCAGCCUAGAUUGUUGUAGAAUGUUUGAGCUAUAUUUUGCUCCUUCUGGAACCUUCUACUUAUCUGUGCGUGUAGUAUAUAAGCACAUUUUAUGUGACAGUAGAGGUUCCAUUAGUGGCACAGUUGUACUAGUGAUACAGUCAUACUAUUGAAUAGUGAUAUAGUAGGAUAUAAAGUAACCAAAUAGGACAGUGAGAUACGCCUAUAGUUACCAAAUAGAACAAUAGUAAAACCACUAAGUAGUUGUACAAUAAUAUAAUGAGUAACCUAAGGAAAAGGUCGGCUUCUAGCCAUAGUAUCUUCGGUAAUCCAUUGUCAGAACUUCCAUCUCAUUUGCAAGGUGGACGUUAUUUUCUGUCUCUGAAGGACUCUGAUACACCUGUGGACUUGUUGCUGGAAUUUUGUCACAACCACUCAAGAACAUCAAGCUCAAAGUGUCCCGAUGAAUGGAUGAAGCAGCAUAAGCAUUAAAGCAAUGCAAGGAGACUGUAAAGACAGUAAAUUUCAUGGAAACUCUGCAUCAACUAUUUGACAUUGCUGCCUACCUAUGUGAGACCUUGGUGCAUGCAAAUGUGACACAAACAGGAAAGUACCACAGCGAGAGUGUCAGUUUUUGAUGGAUCAGAGAACCAUUCGAAAAAUGCAAAUUGGUACAAUUGAUAGAAAGGUGACAGCAAUUAUGAAAAGAAAAGAAUACAACCAAAGGAAGAUUGGAUGAAAGAAAGCAAAAGGAAGAGGGCAAGUGAAGACAUAGUUUCAUCUGUGAAAGUAUUUGCUAUUUGCAGUAUGUGGUAACAGUGCAACCAAGUGACAAACUGUGUUCUCUGACAAACUUCAUUGUCUCUUCUGCUAUUGACCUACAUGACAUGACAAACCAAUGCACCUGCUUCAACAAAUUAAGCAAUGGAAUUUGUUAUCUUGGGCAAAUUGAUGCCAUGCAAUUUUAUAAGCACAUUUCUCAAAAAUUGUUAAUACCACUUGCACAAUCUUGGGAAAUCUUGGGAAAUUGUUUUCUAUGCUGACCUGAAUCUUUUUUUUUUUAGAAGAACAGUCGAAAGCGAGAUGAAAGGAAAGGGCUGGACAUGGGGUUACUUGGAGUGGGUUUCAGCCAAUCGACAUCGGUGGAGGACUCUGGUUUGGUUGAGGCCUUAUGUGCAACCUGAUGCACGAAGAGGAAUAGAUAGACCUGAAUCUUUAUCUGUUGCUCUGGCUACAACAAUGUCUUGAGUAGAUUAUUGCAAAAGUAGACUAUUAGUCUUCCUGUUACACAAAUUGACAGCCUUCAAAAGAUUCGUGAAUAUAUGACACUAGCCAGAAGGAAAGAGAAGAUGAUACCAAAACUACAGAACUAUAUACCUUAUCAUCUACCCAACCAAAGUCUUGGUGAAAGAAAUCCUGAAUUAUGUUACCGACACCUUUUGAUGAGAGAUUUCUUUCAUACGGCAGUAGGCAUUCAUCAAGGGUGCCCCAUAUUGCUGGUUAUGUUGGAGAACAUCAUAUGUGAAACCCUUCAUGAUUAUCACACUUUUGGGGCUAUACAACAUCACCUACAGUUUAUCAUCUUAUCAGCUACCUGAAUCUUUAUUUCUUUUUGUUGCCUCCUUCAAGACCUCGGAGUCUAUGAUGAAAUAGAUAAAGGAGAUUUAAAACACUAAGGCAAAACCAAUUUCUAACCUUCUGUUAACGACUUUUCACAAGCACAAGCACUAGAAGUAGUAAGUUUAAAACCUGAGAGACAAUUGGAGAAGGAUCCUCAACAUAAAAGCUUUUUGAUUUUAAUGGUUAUUGGGAUUUUAUAGUGUAUCAUACAAAAAAAUUAUUGUACUGCAGAUAUUUAAAUUUGUGUUAGAUAAUUAGAAUGGAACCUUUCCUUACAGUGAACUUGAUGUUGUAAGCCUGAUACCUUUUUUAAUAUGUUACAAUAAUAAAAAUGAAGUUUAUUCCCUUCGUGUAAAUAGUACGUGCUUCUGCAUUUUCAUGUGUUCCUUUUUAAUGCAACUAUUGUGCUAAAUUCAAUGUAGAAAGUCUAGUGCUUUUGGUUAAUUUUUAUUUCAGUGGAUUGUAAUUUCUGGCUACUGUACUUUUAAAUAAAUUAUUUCAAAUGUU